AUGUACUCGACGCUCCAGCGCCUCAACCACUAUGGUUCCAUCUCGACGACCUUUGUCAUGGUCCUCCUCGGCCUCAUCUCCCUCGCGAGCUUCUUCACUCUCCCAGUGAUUGAGCCGGGAAGCGUGAGUGUCAACGAUGUUAUCAUCCGGCGCGGCCGAAUUAACCACUGGGGAGGGCCGACUGAGGAGAUUGCCAGCAUGCGCUUCGACAUGCGCACCGACCUGACCCAGCUGCUGAACAGCUACAACACCAAGCAGCUGUUUAUUUACCUCACCGCCGCUUACGUGGACGAUGUGAGUGGCGAUACACACGAGGUCGUGCUCUGGGACCGGAUUAUCACUCGCGGCAGUAUCAGGGACUUCCGGUCUACUGGUGACGCUGUCGCACGCAAGAACCGCUCACACCGGGCCAAGAUUCGGAUGGACGACGUCAAGAACAAAUAUGUGUGGCGGAACCCUUCACGCUCCUUCAAGAACAUCCACAACGCCAACAUCACGCUUUCCUACCAUCUGAUGCCUUACGUGGGACUGGUGACAUCUGGCGUCGCCGCCACUGCACGAGGCAUGGUCGAAAUCCCAGACCUUGUGAAGAAGUAG